CGUUGGAUGGAGUUGUGCGUCGCGAGGCUGACGAUGUCCACUGAUGUCAUCUUUGAGGUUGAUGGAUACUACGGCAUCCAGGGCAAGGGGCUGUGGCCCAACCAAACUUUCAUCGAAACGGAAGUCGAGAGCAUGUGCGUUUGCCGUAUGCGGUGCUUCGUGCACACGGCGUGCGUGGCGUUCAGUGUACGUCUGAGCGCGAACGGAGCCAUCGUGUGCGGGCUGGCCAGAGAAGACGUCUACAAUAACACGCCGAGCGACGUCCCUGAGGCUUCGUACUUCGUCAAGAAACAUCAGUUGGACAUGAAACCUUCGGGGAAACCUUGGGCCAUCGACCGUCUGAUUUACCGACGCUUGAACACUAAAUUCAAAGGCUUCAACGCCAGCAAGGCGGCCUGCGAGGCCAUCCCCGGCUUCCACCUGAUUGCCGUCAGGUUCGAGGCCCAGAUGUCCAUCCUGCUGGAGUUGUGCCUCGAAGGAAAACCCAGCUCGGGGGAGAAAAAAUGUGAUGAAUCAAGCAGGUGGUUCUACGUUGACAUGGUCGAGAUCAACAACGUAACCAUGAUCCAAGGUAAAAUACCAUUGACUGAUACCGACAUCACAAGCGUUUGUAGUAACGAUCGUGAUAAAUAUUACUUCAUCUACGCGCAUUCUGGGCUGAUUCACGAUGAGGACCCAACAAGCUGGGAAGUUAACCCUGUCUGUCAGGCCAACGUCUUUGGCGUGAGCUGGUAGAUGUUGGCUUGAACUGGUCAUUGUACCAUGAAGUGAUGCACAUGAAAAGUUUUCACGUUCAAUUUUUUUUCUUCAACUCGCUGCACGUAAAUUUCACCCUGUAAAUUUUUCAUAAUUUUGCUUCACAUAAUAGAGGUUUCGAGUCUCAGAACUACAAGGAAAAUCAAUAAAUUGUUUAUACAAUAAGAAUGUCUUAGGAUUUUGUGUUAUCGCCCAAAUGAAAUUUUUGAUGUCUGUUAAUGCAAUUUGACUUUUUGAGUAACUGAGCAAUCAGAGAAAUCAUUAGGACAUUUAUUAAUUAGCAAGGCACCUUUUGCCCGUUUUUGCGUCAUCUUGA